AUGGCUUCCAAUACAUACGCCUCCCCCGUCAGUGGUGACGGUGGUACGCCUGGCUCGUACCCCGUCUUCUUCAUGCCCGUGCCCUUUCUCGUAGCCCGCGGCUUCCAGAUCCUUCUCUCCUUUAUCAUCAUGGUCAUGGCUGGCAUGCUCAUGCACGGCCUUGUUCUCGGGCCCUACGCCUUUGCCCUUGUCUGCGGCCUCUUCACCAUCAUCAUCGCCGUCUAUGUCAUCGUCACCGAAAAGGUCGUGGGUGCCCGCGCCGCCUACAACUACUGGGCCGUGCUGUCCCUCGACCUGCUCAUGGUCGUCUUUUGGCUGUCCUCCAUGGGCGCCAACGCCGCCCUGCGCGGCACCUUCCGCUACUCGACCUCCGCCGAGUGCUACGACGACGGCAGCACCUUCAAUGCCAACACAUGCUACACUUCGCGCAGGCGAGAUCCACGCACAAAGCGGUCUGCCGUCGCCGGCAAGGUCGCGCUGGCCGAGAUCAGCGCCAUUGCCGGCCUGUCGGCCCUGCUGAUGCUACUGUUUGUCGCCACCUUUGCCUACCUCGCACACCAGGUCCGGCUGCACCUGCAGGCCCAGAGGCAGGGCAUCCAGAGCAACGACGCCGGUGUCGUCGAAAUGAAGGGCCAGGACCAGGGCCAGGGCCAGGAGCCGGCCGGCGGCCCCGUGGCCCAUGGCUAUGAUCCGGAUUACCCUGGCUAUGCGGCUGCGCCCGGUGAUGCUGCUGCUGCUGCUGCUGGCCUGGCGCCCGUCCAGCCCUACACCUCCCAGGUCCCGCCACAACAACCCAUGCCCUACGAGACAGCGGCCACCUACGGUGCUGGUGGUGCAUCGGCUGGCUACGCCGGCAGUGUGCAGGCAACAGCGGUCUACGAUCCGCACGCCCAGGCCGCGGCCGCCGCCUACGCGCCGUCGCAACACAUUGUCAGCCCCGCCGCGACUCCCGCCCCCGAGUACCAGCCGCACCAUCAGUACAGCAGCGCUGCUGGCCCUGCACAGAACACGCCCGAGCCCUACUACUCCUCCCAAGCGCAGCAGCAGCCAUACUAUCCGCCGCGCUAG